AUUUGUUUCGAACAAUGCAUUGCUAAAGGAAAAUAUACCUUGGGCAUUGAGAGACUUGAAGAAUUUAUUAGACUCAAUGAUAACAAAAAGCUGGAGGAGUUUUCUAGAUGCAAUGAUUGCUCAACAAAAAAACGAAUUAAACCUUCAAAACCUAAAAUUAAUGAAGCUAAUGAACUUGAAAAUUCAGAAAUUUGUGAUGAAUCAGAAAUUAUCCAAGUUAGUGAUUCAGAAGAAGAAGUUGAUGAUAAUAAAGAUUCUGUUCUGUAUGAAUUAGACGAAUUAGAAGAGUUAGUUACUACACAUUUUGUAAAUAUUGAAGAAAAUCAAGAAGUAACAUUUUCUGAAACUUUUGAAUUUGAGGAAGAAUUGAUCUAUAAUCCUCAAGAAUCAGAUAAUGUCCAAGAAUCAAAUAACGUCCAAGAAUCAAAUAACAUCCAAGAAUCAAAUAACAUCCAAGAAUCAAAUAACAUCCAAGAAUCAAAUAACGUCCAAGAGUUGAAUAACAUCCAAGAGUUGAGCAAUAAUGUCCAAAAAACUAAAAUUCGUAAUUUAAUUUCUUUUCUUCUCUUACCUAUUGAAGCUAGGUCUCAAUAUCAUUGGGAAGUUAGAAAAGUUCACACAUACAAAAAUAAUAUCAGAAAAGCAUCAGCAUAUCUUGGCUGUACUCAAAGAAUAGAUAGAAAGCACAAACACUCACCUGAACAAAUUAAAAGAAUAAGCGAAGCAAGACCCCCAAUUAAUCAGUUUCCAUGUAAAGGAAAAAUUACAAUUAAUAUUGAUUUUAAUGUAUGCCAAGUAAGAAUUAAAAUCUUAUAUUUGAUUUCUCACAAACAACCAACUCAUCAUGAAAAUAAAUUACCUGAAAACACUAUUACGUGGAUAUCUGAAAAU